UGCUGCUGCUGCUGGGCGGCCCCCCGGCCCCCGUCCGGGGGUGCGACUUUGCCCAUACGGUGUGCGGGGCUCACGCCCCCGGCGACAUCCUGCUGGGCAUCAUGCAGCCCUGCCACCGGAAAGUGACGGCGGUGCAAGACCGGGUCAGCCCUGGAGCCUUCCACUGCUCAGACUUCGACCUGUCGUCGCUUGUGAGAUCCAUGGCCGUCAUCCACGAGAUCCAGCAGGUGAAUGCGGCCGGGUUCCUGCCGGGUCUGCGUCUGGGCUACCUGCUGUGCGACACGUGCUCGUACGCCAGCAAGGCACUGCUGAAUGCGGAGCACAUGCUGGCGUUCAACCGCUCCAACCACCUGGAGUGUGACAACUCUGACUUCAGGCCGGCUGUCAAGGUGGUUCUAGGGGCGAGGUACUCUCAGGUGACCAUCGCUCUGGCCAAGCUGCUGAACGUCUACAUGGUCCCUCUGCUGAGCAGUGCCUCGACGUCCCCAGAGCUGAGCGACAAGCUGCUUCACCCCGCUGUCAUCCGGACCGUCCCCAGCGACAUACACCAGACAAAAGCCAUCGCCAGCAUCAUGAGCUACUACGACUGGAACUGGGUCGGGGUGGUGUACGGGGAUGAUGACUAUGGAAAAGCGGCAUUCCAGAGCUUCCUGUGGGAUGCCGAAGAGAACGGCGUGUGCCUGUCCUAUCAGGAGACUUUGCACCAUUACCUCGAUCAUUCCCAAAACGACCGUCGCAUCCAGCAGGUGGCCGAGGUGAUCCGCUCGUCCCGCGCUCAGGUGGUGCUGCUCAUACUCAAGGCGGAGCUGGUGGAGCUGCUCUUCAAGGAGAUGCUGAAGACGAACACGUCUCGGGUGUGGAUAGCCAGCGACGUCUGGUCCAGGAGCUCGGCCAUCGCUCAGAUGGAUGGAAUCAAUGAAGUUGGGGACAUUUUGGGUUUCACCUUUGUCUCCUUCAGGAGCCAAUCCUUCGAUGACUUUCUGACGAAUCUCACGGUGACUGAAGGAGGAUACAACUUCUUCAUCGAGGAAUAUAAGAACUUGAGGUCCAACUGCUCUGCUGAAUGUGGCUCCAGUAAUCCUCCAUCCAAAUGUGUAGAUCUGUUGAAGUAUGCAUGUGAUUCAAGUUACUCCCCGGAUCAAAAGGACGAUUACCUCCUCAAGGCGACCGAUACCAGCGAACCCUUCUCGCACCGAGUUGCUGUGUGGGCUGUAGCACACGCUCUCAAAAAACUACUCAGGUGCAACAGUUCCUCGUGUUCCGGAGAAGUCGACUUUCCUCCGUGGAAGCUCCUCCAGGAACUCAAAAACAUCAGGUUUGAAUUUGAGAACCAGAUGUAUUUCUUCGACAAAAAUGGCGACUUUGUGAAUGGCUAUGAUCUGAUUUUGUGGGAAAAACAUGGCUCUGGACGAAGAUUUCAAAAGUUUGGGAAAUACAGCAUCCUAUAUAAUCGAAUAGAACUGGAUGGCAAAGAAUUCACUUGGCUUUCAACCGAAAAUGUAUCGACUCCUCAGUCCCGAUGCUCGGAGAGCUGCCGUCCCGGAUGGGUGAAGAAGAUCCUGAACAUAUCCUGCUGCUACACCUGCAUCGAGUGUGAGGAGGGAACCUACUCAGAGGACUGGGAUGUUCAGGACUGUAAGACGUGUCCUAAUGAGACUUGGUCUCUGAAGGGAUGGACUCACUGCCGGCCCAGAUCGGAGUUCUUCCUACGCUGGACCGAGCCUCAUCCUCUCACCAUGAUCGCCGCUGCCGCCUUCGGGGUUUUGCUCUUGCUGGUUAUCUUAGUUAUCUUUUUGGUGUACAGGAACUCGCUGCCCAUGAAGCAAGCCGAGGUGCGACUGUCUUGUGUGAUGAUGGCCGGUUUAGCGGUGAGCUUUGCGAGCGUGGUUUUGUUCAUGGGCAGACCCACCGUGCACAUCUGCAGGGCCCGGCAGACCAUGUACGCCAUGGGCUUCACUCUGUGCGUUUCCUGCAUCCUGGUGAAAGCGUACCGCACCUUCCUGGCUUUCCUCCCCUUUGGACAGCUAUUGCACAAGCGACUACACAAACUUUACAAGCCACCUGUCAUUAUUGUUGUGCUGACAAGUCUCCAAGCGGUCAUCUGUCUUCUCUGGCUCAUCUUCGAUUCCCCUGACGUCGACGACACGCCUCCGUCUGCACAAAGUAUGAGGAAAGUCCUGGAGUGCAAAGAAGGGAACACCUACAUUGGCUUUGGCAUUAUGCUGGGUUACAUAGCCCUGCUGGCAUUGAUCGGGUUCCUCUUGGCGUUCAAAGGUCGGAAGGUUCCUCAGGAGUUCAGCGAAACGGGCUACAUAAUCUUCAGCAUGCUCAUGUACCUGUUUGUGUGGGUGUGCUUCAUCCCCGUCUACAUCACCAGCGCGGAGGACGGCACCCGCGUGCAGGCGUCUGCCAUUUUGGUGUCCAGCUACGGCAUCAUCUUCUGCCACUUCUUGCCCAAGUGCUACGCGGCGCUGUGGGCAUCCAAAAGCGACACCAUUGAAAAAGUCUUGGACAGGUGGCGAGCUAAGUCUGACAAGGAAGACGGAGACGGAGCUACCCCGUCCUCAGAGAGGCGCGUGACGCUGUCAACAACCAGCACGUCCAGCUUCCUGUGGUGCUCAGAGACUCAGAGCACCAUCACUUCUUGGCUCUCGGAUGUCAGCUGUGACGCGGUGUAUUUCCCACAUCUGCCUUCCCGGCCAGGAACAGUCGUGACCAAAAGAACCCGGAGUUUAUCUCUCUGAUAGUCAGUCUAGACCAGGGGUCUCCAACCCAGUUCCUGCAGGAUCCAAUUAGGGCUGUCAUGAUAUCAAAUUUUCUCUUCACGAUUAUCAUGGGCAAAAAAUAUCACGAUAACGAUAUUAUCACGGUAUCAGCAAAAAUUUCAUAAUGGCACAAACAUUUAGAUUCAUCUUUAAUUUUAUUUUUGUUUGUUUUCUCUCGUUUCCCUGAUGAAUUACAUUCAGAAUACCUGUCAAAUGAGGUGUUGAAACAAUAUGAGAACAGUAACUGUACAACUGUGUACAAAAAGUGUAGUCACACUCAACUAAUUAAAAUCUGAUGAACUUUUGUGAGAAACUUAGGGGUGAUGGUCGACCCUUUGUUUAAAUUUGACAAACACAUCAGUUCUGUCAUCAAGACCAGCUUUUUCCAUUUGAGGACUCUGGCCAAAAUUAAAUCUUAUCUUCCUCUGGCUGAUUUUGAAAGAGUGAUCCAUGCUUUUAUAACUUCUCGUUUGGAUUAUUGCAAUGCUUUGUAUGUUGGGCUGGACCAGGGCGCCCUGCAGCGCUUGCAAAGUAUACAGAAUGCUGCAGCCCGUCUCCUGACUAAAACAAAGAAGCAGGAGCACAUCACCCCUGUGCUGCGCACUUUACAUUGGCUGCCCAUCCAAUUUCGACUGGAAUUUAAAAUUUUAUUGAUCACUUUUAAGUGUUUGCACUCCUUGGGCCCCCCAUACCUGACGGAUAUGUUGCAGCCCUACUCGCCGACCAGAGACUUGAGGUCAGCUGACCAUCUCCGGUUGGUUGUCCCUAAAGCCAGGCUCAAAACCAGAGGUAACAGAGCCUUCUCUGUAGCUGUGCCCACCCUCUGGAAUAGCCUCCCCCUAGAUGUCAGAUCAGGAGUAUAUUCUUGGUGUCUUAUUUGUCUUAUCUGUGUUUAUGUUUAGGUGAGCCUUUUAUUUUUAUUUAUUCUAUCUUUUUCUUUUUACUUUUCUAUUUCUGUGCAGCACUUUGGUCAACGGAAGUU